CGGCGGGUCCGAUGAUACGCUCGCGCCACUGCGCCCGCGUCCGCCCGUACGCGCGCCAGUAUCCCUGUCGGUCCCGUGUCACGCCAAGCUCACUUCACCCUCACACCGUUCCUCGUGGUAAUCGUACCGUGCGCGGACCGAGGAUCUACGUGUGACAGUCGAUCAACGACAGGUAGAAUUUUCGCGGCGGUGACGGGUGUUAUCGCGGUGAAAAACCGACGGAUGACUGGUGAUCCUCCCGGAUGAACGGUGUGAUCGCGCGAUCGAAGUAGAUAACAACGAGCUCUUGAGUGAUCGAACUUCGGUAUCAGCGACGACAAACAAUACACGUUCGGUGGACUUUGCUUGAAAAUUGUCGGGGAUUGAAGGGAUCGAAGGAUUUUGCUGGAAUUCGAAAACUGUGAACGAUCAAAGAGGGGAGUGAAUGGAGAACGUAGAGAAGAGCACUCCUUGUGCUCCGCCUUGAAACUGAUUAAUCGAGCUCGGAAUAGAAGAGGAAAGGGUGACAAAGUUUUCGCGAUAUCCUGCGACGAGUUAAUGACGAGUUAUGGGGCACGCGAGUUGUCGGGAAAUCGUGAUUAUCGCGAUUGCUUGUGUUCCGACACGCCUGUAAAUACUCACGUUCAUCAGGUACAGGUGAAGAAGUGGCGGCUUUGAAGUUUUCGUAGUACUCCGUCUACGGAUAACGAAUUUUCGGUUAACGGUUGCUCUCCUCUCGCUUUGAGAGAAAGCUCUGAUUAUACGGAGGGUGCGGAGGGCAAAGUCGGUGAUUUAUAGUGAAAAAGAAGAACUGCGACAGACUCUUCGAAGAUGUGAGAAAAACGAAAACUUAGACGUUCGCCCGCGUAAUAGUCAUCUAACUAUAUAUCGAACUUCAGGCACGUUAAUCGACUUGAACUUUAUUGACAGGUAUCAAUUUAGUUUCCUCGUCAGUGACAUGCGUAAAGAGAUAUGGAGUUUUAUUUACUUUUAACAGAUAUUUUCUAUAAAAAGCAAAGAACUUUUAUAAUUAGAGGCUAAAUUACACUGGCAGUUUUAUCUAUAACUUCGGAUCACUGAUUUUUACUGUUUCCUUCUACAUUAUAUUUCUACUUACACAACAACGACAACCAAAAGUCUUCAUUUUUAAGAACUUAAAUCGACGAGACAAACAUAUGUUACUGAUGAACGAUUUUGAAAAACCUGCAGCAUCGCGACGUAUAUUUGACGCCUGGAUAAUUGCACGUCGGAUCGAUCUCUCGUUGGAUCUCGCAGUCGAUGGGACUCGGCCGAUGAGCGAGCGUGAAAAAACGAUUAGCGGAUCGUCCGUUCGUAUCGUGUUCGGCCACCAUGCCGAACGGUGCACUCCUACAACGAGGGUUACUCGCGGUUGCGAGCUGCCGCGAAUCGGGUCGCCGAGAGUUCCCGCCACGCGAGACAAAUCGCGUCGACGCGCCAGAAGCGUCCGCUUCUUUGACGCUCUACCCUUUAUUCGAUGCGCGCCGCUUGCUGUAUCCUAGGUAGACGACGCUGAGCGCGCAUUUUUGUCGAUCUUAUAUCACGCGAUCGAACGCGCCGGACACGUUACAGAUAAGUACGGGAUACGAAAACGGAUGGUGAGACGUAGAAGACGAUGGAUGGCGAGUUCCGCGAAGAAAUGCGAGAAGAGUGACGGGAUGCAGGGAUAAGAGAGGCGCGCAUUCGCGCACGGUGAGAUACUGGACGCACUUGAAGAGGGUAAUACAGUGAGAUAAGGGUACUCUGAUCUCUCGUGAGUGCGUCGCCGAGUUACUCGAGCCGGUAAUUUUCACGGUGAAUCCCGGCUUGUGUAUAGCAAAGAACUGUGAAGAGGGGCAUGAGGAAGAAGCGUACGGCGGAUAGCACGUAGCGACUGGCCCCUUCUCGUUUCGGAGAUGCGGCGCUAUCCAUUGCAUAUCAACGUCGCCCUCACCAUCGUGCUAUUGGCGAUUUGUGCAACCGUUGUGCGGGCUGGCAAGCGAGAAAGGGAAGUCUGGUAUGAAGCGGCGACGCGGGCGAUCGAGACGCGGAUCAGGGAGGCAGCGAGCAGCAGCGUCAGCGGCACGACGCCGCCGGCCGGGGUGGCGCGCGGCGUCGUCCUCUUCGUCGGCGACGGCAUGGGGAUGAGCACCCUCACGGCGGCGCGGAUCCUCGCGGGUCAGCGGCACGGGAAUCCGGGUGAGGAGACGCAGCUCGCGUGGGAGAGCUUCCCGGCGGUGGCGUUGGCGCGGACGUACAACAUGGACGCGCAAGUUGGCGAAUCGUCGGCAUGCGCGACGGCACUGCUCUGCGGAGUUAAAGCCAAUUACGAGACUGUUGGUCUGGAUUCAUCGGCACGUUUCGAGGACUGUUACUCCAGUUUGGAGGCGCGCGUUCCUUCGCUUAUUAAUUGGGCCCAGGAUCAAGGCAAAUCGACGGGGCUGGUUACAACCACCAGGGUUACACACGCGACACCGGCGGCUCUUUAUGCACAUGCGGCCAGCCGUUACUGGGAGGACGACGGUAAAGUGCCACCUGCUGCACGUACCUCUUGCAAAGACAUCGCGCGUCAGCUGCUCGAAGACGAGCCCGGCUGUAACAUCACGGUGAUACUUGGUGGUGGCAGACGCCACUUUGUACCAAAAGUGACUUUGGAUCCCGAAGAGCCGGAUAAAGAGGGCAGGCGAUUGGACGGUCGAAAUCUCAUUGAAGAGUGGUCCAGAAAUAAUCGUAAGAGGAACAUAGUCGCGAAAUACGUCGCCAAUAAGGAGCAAUUUGAAAAGGUGGACACGCGAAGAGUGAGCCGAUUGUUAGGUCUCUUCGCCUAUUCUCACAUGGACUUCGACGUCGACCGGAACACGAACGACACUGGCGAUCCUUCUCUGGCUGAGAUGGCGAUUAAGGCGCUUCGGAUACUGGCGAACAAUCCCGAGGGAUACUUCCUCUUCGUGGAGGGUGGAAGAAUUGACCAUGCUCACCAUUAUAACAACGCUUAUCGCGCCCUGGAUGAGACCCUGGCACUGGAGGAAGCCGUCGAGGCAGUUAUGAAGGAGGUCGAUCUCACGGAAACGCUCCUCGUGGUAACGGCAGAUCACUCGCACGUAUUAACCCUCGGCGGACUGGCGACGCAUCGUGGGAACCCCAUAUUCGGCUCCGAUAGCAAGGUGUCGGACGUUGACGGACAGCCCUACACGACGCUGCUCUACAGCAACGGCCCGGGUUACACGCACCCGCGGAAUAUCCUGCGGGAAGCUGGAAAAGAUUCCAUUCAGACGGCGGGCGUGCCGAGGGCGUGGGCGACGCACGGGGGCGAGGACGUGCCGGUGUUCGCCGUCGGGCCUCUCGCGAGCGCCCUGUUCUCCGGUAGCGUCGAUCAGAGCUACAUCCCGCACGCGAUCGCCUACGCCGCCUGCCUGGCCCAUCACGCCAGCCGCUGCUCCCGGGAUCCUACGAACAACGCGAAUGCCAGCGACACAAUGAACGCCGCGCCGAUAAGCUGUCCCUCGGCAGAGCCGAACAGCGCGGCGAUAUCCAGCGACGUGAUGAACGACCGCAUGCGAAAUCCACCCACGAAAUCCGCCGCCGGGCCUAGCCGUUCGUCGCUCGGCAGCAGCCCCACGCUGCUGUUGCCGCUGCUGCUACUGCUGCUGCUGUCGCCGCUGAUGCCUCUGAUGCCCGUCGUUCUGCUGAUUCCCCUUCGGUGUCCCUUCGAAAGGACGAGUUAAUGCGCUCCUUUCUCCCGCGUCCGAGGAGGAGAGCGGGCCUUCUGUGCGACGUCGGAGGUACACGACAGCGCGGAAAAUCCAUCCUGACGCGAACGCGUAGUAAUAAUGGUCGAUUGAGCGACCGCAGUGUAAAUUUGACGAGACGCGGGCCUUCGAGAGUGGUUUCGUUCCGAACGAGUAGUGAUGAUCGUCGGCGCGUCUCUCGGUGGACCGUUAAAUGGAUCGUUUGUCCAGUAGCCAUAGCCAUAGCUGUGCGACAGUCAGCGAAUGUUGACGCAAGUGGCACACGGUGUAACGUCACGGUACAGCGCGGAAAAUCCUCGCAAGACGAAGAGCGAUUCGAGAGCGUUUUAAUAGGAAGGGUCCAUCGUGGGGAUCUCCUCGAAGAAAGACGUAUCUACAUCCCCUCGCGUAAGAGUCAACGGCUGACAAAUCGACGACGAAUUCGUAUAGACGAUACGUCGCGUGACGUCGGUGAGAUGACACGACGGCGUAUCGCUUGUUAGUCCUCUCAUGCGUUUACAUGAUCCCGUGUCUCGGAAUAUAAUCAAGUACUUGAACUUUAUGUGAUAGUUUAAUUGAUACGAGUUCUUGUUUGAAAGAUCGCCCAAAGGCUCUACAAACUUUAUGCUAAUGAUUAAAGCCCUUUCAUUAAAGAGCUUCAAUGAGAAGAUUGGGAGAGGAAGUCUUACUUGUUAUUUCAAGAGCUUUUAAGAGCUAAGGAAAAUAAUGGCAUUUAAAUCCUAAUAUUUUCUCAACAAUCUCUAUUAUUAUUGAUUAUUACUACUUAUUUAGGAAUAAAUUCUUUAUAAUUACGUCAUUUCUUGUUUUUUUUCCAAUUGAAAGAAGGAAAUCCUUGCAUGAGAAGAUUAAUUACAUUGGUCGACUCUGCGAAAUGUCUCGGAACCAUUGCUACUUUCUACGGCUAUAUAUUUCUUUCUCUCGAUCAAUUUAAAAUAAAAUAUAUUUUAAAGAUAAAGAUUCUAUUAAAAUUGAAUUUAUUUGGGAUUAAAUGGAUUUCUUUCGAAAAACAAUUAUACCGUGAAAUCUAUAUAAGCAUUACCUAAAAUUUCUGUCAAAGUUUCGCUAAUAAGGAAGAAAGAAAAAAAUCAUCUUCGGUUUAUAAUUAGUCAAUGAAUCUGAACGAAAAGAAUGCCGAUGUUUCUGACACAUUUCGCACAUUCCGGAGAUCCACUCGCCUAUCUUUCAAGUGGCGACUUACCGUAAAUUCUCGAAAGCAUGUUUCUUGCCGUAUGAUAGCGCAUUACAACGAACAAUAAUGCGGCCUCGAUCUAAACUGUCCAACGAACAGGCCGUAAAACAGCUCUCGAGUCGUGAGAAUUUUGAAGUAAGAUAAAAUGUAAAUAUAUAUUAAGAAGCAGACACAAUGUAUAAAUAUGAGACACGCAUCCACACAUCGAAUGUAAACUAUAGAUAAGAUUUAAUCAGCAAAUCGAGACGGACUCCUUAUCAGCGCACGCUGGCACGCUAUUCUUGUAAUUGUGUUUGUUUCAUUUUUGUGCUUUUUUUUAGGUAGGAUCAUAUUAAAUUGGACUAGAGAGAGAAGUAAUUACAACGCGGGUGAAAUGAUUUUUCACAAAAUUUAUUUUGCACCGAGCGGUUGAGAGAAAAAGUAAUUCACAGGUGAAAUUAUCACAUUUUAUGUACAUCACGCUGCUUCGCUUACGUUUCUUUUUUAUUUUAAGCUUCUCGCAACGUAGAGUAGUCUUCAAAGUAAUCUUCGCGAUUUCGUCAUUACAGAAAUUAGUCGUGCAUUUUUGUCCGAUUAGCCUGACAGUCCGUUGCUCCAUUUCCUAGAUUCGCCCGCUUCGAGCGAUUAUUAUUGAGUAAUCCGCCCGUGCCGUCUUUUCAAGUUCAUUCGUAAUGUAUCGCGAUCUCGCGCUGAGUGGGAAUUGGAGAUCAACCGGCGGCGCAUUCAUGUAUUUGUGACUAGUACCGAGGGAAUUGCAGCUGCGCGAGCUGAGAGUCCCUUUACCAUUCAAUUCUCCAGAAUCCAUUCUCGCGAGGAGCGUUUCCAGUUUUCACGAGGCUGUAUGAAUUUUAUAAAACGUUUCGCGCGUAUUCGCGAGCAGCCCUGAGAGAUGAUUUGCCUAUUUACGCGCUAAAUCUCGCGGCUUUGAUUUAUAGUCCCCUCGGUUAAUUGGCGAACUAAUUGCGCCAACAGAUUGCUGUUUUAGCUGAUGUUUUAAGCUGGCAAGCGCUAAUAGAAUUAAAACCGCGUGUGGAAAAAUACAAACGCGCAUCAUUUAUCUCGAGCGUGAAAAGCAGAGGAUAUCUUGCAAACAAACACAUAAAAUAAUAUUUCAAUUUUACUUUGAAUUGAUUAUUAUUAAUUUUCACGGAUUAUGAAGUAUUUGAAGAUUUGGGUUUAGUAAUUUACCUAAUCGGCUUUAGUCCGGUCUUUUUCAUUAGGCAGCGAAUUUAUUGACAAAAUAAUUGCUAAUUACCGCAUUUUUAUAUCAGACAUAUGCCGAUAGAAUUCAGCAAUUUUAUGCAGGAAGAGAAGAGCGCAUUGUUAAAGAAUUGUUUCUCUUUAAACAUUGAAUGCGAGAAACAAGAUAUCUUUAUAAACAUAUGUACAUUUAUCAUGUAAUAUUAUCUCAUUUUCAAUUUCACUGUAUCGCGUGUGUAUUCUUGAACAGUUAUGAUUUUACUCGCGAGAAAAUGUGUUAUGAUUUUACUCGCGGAUCUGCAGUCCUCCUCAUGGUGCUUGCAGUCGGCGAAGACAUUGGCAAGAUAUAGUUACAACGAAUCGCUAUUUUCGUUUUUCCAUUAGGCGUGCUGACUUAGCAAGGAUUUUGCAGCGAGAAGGUCAAUAUCUUUUGCUAAGAGUGGCUUAUUUUUACGGUACUCAUUUCAUGCAGGGUAUGAAAACUAAAAGAUAUCGCGCGAGCGCGCAUAUGUUCGAGCAAUAUCUAUAUUUCGCUUCCAACUAGUACGAACUUGCUUCCAGGACUGUUCAAGUCAGCUCCGAAUUUGUAGAGAAGUGAAGGCACAACGCGCAUAACAUAUAUAUAUAUAUAUAUAUAUGUUAGCAAAUGACAGCACCUCGAAAUGGCCGGAGUUAAACGACAAUGGAGGCUUUGGCAAAGUAAAUUUAUCGUCGGGACGAUGUCAUCUUUACGAUCGCGCGGCGUAAAAAGCGAAGUUCCACGGACGAUGUAAAUUCCUCUGCGCACAUCCCGACCUCGGUUUGUAGAUAGACGCCGUAAAACAGUUAUAAGGACAACGAAUGGAGGCUGAGCGUGUUUCUCCGCGUAUUGGGGCCAGAACGAAUAGAACUUUAUCCGCGGACUUAUCCCGAUGCGAAUUGCCGAGAUGUUCGCGUAUCGAUUACGGUUUUCACGACUGAGCGCGGGCUUUUAAUUGUGAACGAAACAAACAUCUCGACGAGAUGGGAAACGGACAGAAUCCAAGUGGAGAUUGUACGCUGUAUCAUCGCUUAUUACACCAGAUCAGAAACCUGAACGUUGCGUUGUUAAAAUAAUUUAAUAUAUUUUAACAUAUUUCAUUACAAUUUAUUUAAUAAAUGAUGCACCUUCGACCUUCUUUGUCGAAAAAUGAAUUAAUUUUAAUGUGAAAACAUGAAUACACCAUUCUCAAACUCUAAUUUGGUGAGAGAAAGCCGAUUUUGAUAUACUGCACACUGGAAAAUGCAAAUAACAAAUCUUAUUCCUCAGUUGGUCAUUAUAACUUAUAUAUUAUACAUAAACAAUAUGAAAUAUUAAUUUGAGCUUUACAGAGAUGUUUUAUGUUAAAAUUUCAACUGCCGUGCGAAAUGUAAUGUCUACAUUCUGACAAAAGAGAAAUAAACACCGUGAAUUUAUUAUUUAUAUGUGCAAUUUAAAAUAUUUUAUAAAUUAUAUAAAUAUACUAUUUUGCAAAAUUGUUAAAAUAUACAAGUAGUUGCAUCGCUUAUUUGCCAUCAUUCGCCAUCGGAGCAAACGCAUUUCCUUCGCAUAUAUCUCAAGCAUUUUGAACUGGUUACGAAUAAGGAAUGAACGCGGUAAUUGCCGCGCUUUCCUAGAUUUUCAAUAGCUUGAGAUACUUAAUUGCAGUUUGAAUGCAAGAUAUCGAGUAACAAUGACUCAUAGAUGGAUAAAUGUACCAUUCGCGCUGGCGCGUCAUGUAAAACUGAAUGCACCGUAAAACGGUUGUAAUGAACGUGAAAGAAUAGGAUGUUUCAGGCAAGGUACACAAGAUGAUGGUACUUGCGAAUUACGUUGCGUAUUGUUAAACGCACCGUACAAUACGGCUCUACAUUCCUUUGACUCGCAUUCGCGCCGUUUAAAACUGGAGUAGAAGUUUAGGAGGAAAUUACCAAACGCACGUUUUAAUUGCUCAGUGUUUUAGGCGAGUUUUGCAAAUUACGAAUUAUUUAAACUUUAAAUCGGCGCGGAAUCGCAUUUACCGCAAACUUGUCACAAUGCUAUUAGCUGACGACAGGCUUAUCGAGGCUUGCGUUACGGAAUCGCAAAAGAUUUUGAUGGUGUCCGACAAUAACGCAUUAAUAUAAAGCUAAUCCUUUUUAGCAGAAAACGAUUUUCGUUAAUAAUUAAAUUCAGAAAUUAGCAUUUUAUUAAUGUUUAAACAUACACGUAAUAAUGAUGUUGAUAUAUUUAUCACGAGCAAAAUUACAUAAAUUGCCGCACAUAAAUUUUCCAUAGUUGAUAAUAUUGCCAGCCACCAUUGACUUCUGAUUAAUUUUAAUAGUAAAUUAAUGAGAAAACGCGUCAAUGUGCACCACAUAAUCUAAAACGUUUAAAUCACGAACACGUGACGCGUGACAUUCAAGCCAUCAGCAUUCAAGCCGAGCUUACACUUCGAAGGACUUAUGUUCAAAUAGAAUUCUAGCGAUCGUGCGACGGAUCACAUGAGACCAAAUUACAACAAGAGAACGCGAUACGACUUCACCGAUCUAUAUAUUUCUGUAAAGAACAUCAACCACAAAUUAUUAAGAAUGUAAUUUAUUAUAGAUAUCUGUAUACUAUUGUUUCGUAAAAAAAAAAGAAACCACAAAACAUCUGUG